CCCACGAGCGAUAUUGUUUUCGUAAUUCAGAAACAAUGCGAUUACCAGCAGCUGCAGAGCGAAAAAGCUCGGCCGACGAGGUUUACAACAGCGACAUUUGCUCUGGAAACAAUAAUCGGACAGGAAAUUGUUAAACUCGUUACUAUGGACUUGAUUGUGACAAUUGUCUCGAUUUUGGUCAUAGAUUUCCUUCGUGGUCUUUGGAUCAAGUACUGCUCGGCCUGGUGGUGUUGGAUAUUGAAACAACAUUUGCUCUCUCAUCUCAAAUCUUUUCAGCCAGAAUACGGUGAGUUCAAAGUGGCCGAGAACGUGCUGCACAUCAUCAACAAUCAGGGAAUGAUCUGGUUGGGAUUGUUCUUCACGCCGUUGCUACCGGCUCUAAAUAAUAUUAAACUAGUAAUAAUUAUGUAUAUUCGUGGCUGGGCUGUCAUGACAUGCAAUGUUCCGGCCAGAGAGAUAUUUCGCGCCAGCAGGUGA